AUGCUUGCACGAUUCUGUCCACGCCUGGCUCUCCGACAUCCUCCUCCUCCUCCCCGACGCUCUCAUUCUCUUUCUCUCAGCCGUCCUCAGAGAUACUCCUCGGGCAACAUCCGCCUCCAACUACUACAGCCGCACUUGAGCAAGCACCCAUGGACGUCUCACACACGCCUCUUCUCCGUCUACCGCCCCCUGCACAGCGGCGGAGGCGGGGGCGAUGACCAGGAGCCCCCCGUGCGCGAUCCGAAGCCGCAGCGCGAAAACAUCUACACUAUCCCGAACGUGCUCACCGUCUCGCGCAUCGCCGCGUGCCCCGUUCUCGGCUGGGCGAUCCUGCACGGCAACUUCGAGCUCGCGACCGCGCUGCUCGUGUACGCCGGCCUCACAGACACGGUCGAUGGCUACGUCGCCCGCCGUUUCGCCAUGACCUCCGUCCUCGGCUCCAUCCUUGACCCCGCCGCGGACAAGGCACUCAUGACCACCCUCACCGUUACUCUCGCCGUCCAAGGCAUGAUCCCAGUCCCGCUCGCCGCCAUCAUCCUCGGCCGGGAUGUCCUCCUCAGCUUCUCUGCGUUCUACAUCCGCUACACGUCCCUCCCCCCGCCGAAAACCUGGAGUCGUUACUGGGACUUUUCCCUCCCAUCCGCCGAGGUGCACCCGACGCGCAUCAGUAAGGUAACACCUGCAUUCUCCAGUCCCGAGUCCGCAUCACCUGCUGACCCCCUGCAGAUCAACACUCUGCUGCAGCUGGUCUUGAUGGCCUCCACCACCGUCAGCCCCGUGUUGGCGGUGGACAUCAGUCCGGUGCUCACCGCAUUCCAAUGGGUGGUUGCGACGACGACAGUCUGGAGCGGUGCCUCCUACCUGUUUACCAAAGAUGCAGUCCGCGUGCUCUCUCCUAGACGGCGACCGCCGCCAUAA